CAAAGAGCAAAAUCAUCAUCCAUUUUGCAUGACCUUUUUAGAUCUCCGCCGCUCCCGUUUCUUCUUCUCUUCUUCUGUGCCGCUCUUCCCCAUCGCCGUCCAAACCCUUAAGAGUUUAGUCGAUAGGAAAUAAUAAUAAUAAUAAUAAUGGUGAUAUAAAUUAUUAAUACAAGACUACAAACCUUUAUCUUCAAACUCCACCCCGUCCGUUCAAACCCCGCCUCCUGGUUCCUCCACCAACGGCAUCACAGCUCCCCCGCCACUCGCCAAAGUCUCCCAAUCUGCUUCCCACCUCUGCUGCCGGACUUGAAGCCUCGCGACAACUUCCAGGUUCUGGUCAGCAAAUGAUUUCAAUUCCUGGUCUGUUACUCUUUUUUGAAAGUUUAGCACAACAUUUUUAGGAGCUACAGUAUGAGUACUACACCAAAUAGAAGGUCACAUGAGGAGGGUGGAAAUGGAAGUGCUGGUGGCAGCGGGAGUCAUAUUCAUUCGUCUUCAACCAAGUUCCAACAUGAAGAAUCAGGCUCAUACCCUAGUAUGAUACCUAAGCCAACUUCUUCGACCUCUGUAGAUUACCAUCAUCCUAAUGACAUGGGAUCGGAUUCUAGAAUGCCCAAACUUCCUAGAAUUGAAUCACGUGAUGCCGAUAGGCGGUCACCUUUGCUUCCAAUGUUUCGAGUUUCGUCAUCUUCAAAUGAAGCACAUUCUGAUCGUGUUACCAGUUUUGAAAGCAGAUCGGAGUUUCGAGAUACUAAAGAUGGUAAUAAGGAACCCAAGGUGGAGAGCCGAGACACGAAGGUUGAACCAAGGGAUAUGUACCAAGGCAGCCGACUGGAUAAGGAUGUGAAGUUUGAGAGUAGAGGUGAUGACAACAAAGAAAUCAAACAUGAAAGGGAAAGUCAUCAAGAGCAUAGAGCUGAUGUUAGGAUGGAAAAGGAGGGCUUCAGUGGGGCAGGAAGUCAUGGAAAUUGGAAAAGUCCAAUGGAGCAGCACAGGGGGAAGAGGUAUCCUGAUACCUCAGCUGGGACUGUUGACCCUUGGAAUGCGUCUAGAUCCAGUUCACGUACUACUGCUGAAGGUAUAAAUGAAGCACCGAAUCUUGAGGAAAGGGAUUAUGUUGAAGCUCAUGAAGCUGUUGGGGAAAACAAGGUUGAUUUUAAAUGGGAUGAUAAGUUGAAAGAAAAAGAAAGGAAAAGGAAAGAGGGGAAGCACAGGGACUGGGGAGAACGGGAGAAAGAUAAAAAUGAACGCCGAAGUACAAUGCAGGUGUGCACUAAUAGCAGUAAUGAUACUAAAGAGCUGAUGAGGGAAGAACGAGAAUCUGAGAGAUCAGAGAAAGAGAGGAAAGAUUUUGCACGAGAGAAGGAAAAUGUAAAAGAUAAGGACAAGGAAUAUAGCAAGAAAGAGUCAGGAAGUGGUGCCAAAGAAGUUCCUGACAAUGAUAAGGAGGUGUUAGAUGUUCCUAGCAGAGUUACAGACCCUGAAAAUCCUUCUCUGGACAUUAAGAAACCAAAAGAUGUUGAUAGCUGGAAAAGUGCUGAUAGGGAUCCUAGAGACAGGAAAAGGGAAAGAGAUGCAGAUGACGAAGGAGAAAGGGCUGACAAACGCAACAAGAAUCAUGACAAGGAUUCAGAUGAUGGAUGUGUUGAAGCUGAUGGAGCUGACGAAAAGGAGAGAGAAGCUUUUAAUUAUGGAGUGCAGCAGCGUAAAAGGAUGCUUCGACCAAGGGGUAGUCCUCAACGAACAAAUCGUGAUCCUCGUUUUAGAUCUCGUAAUCAAGAUAAUGAAGGGUUUCAAGGUAAACCUGAUACGUCCAGCAUUCUGUAUAGAGUUGCUGAAUGCCUGCAAGAGCUGACUAAAGUAUGGAAAGAAUUUCAAUUGACUCAAACUGAUAAGAAAUCUGAAAGCUCUUCAAGUGGCCCUACUCUAGAUAUCCGCAUACCUGCUGAGCAUGUGUCAACUGCAAACCGCCAGGUAAGAGGUGGCCAGCUAUGGGGUACUGAUAUAUAUACCGAUGACUCAGAUCUUGUCGCCGUUCUUAUGCACACAGGCUUCUGUCGUCCAACUGCUUCUCCUCCUGACUCUACUAUUCAGGAGUUACGUGUGACCAUCAGAGUCUUACCCCCGCAAGAAUGCUACAUUUCGACAUUGAGAAACAAUGUACGAUCAAGGUCAUGGGGAGCUGCCAUUGGCUGCAGUUAUCGUGUUGAGCGGUGCUGUGUUGUGAAGAAAGGAGGUGCAAUGUUUGAUCUGCAACCGUGUCUUACACAUUCAUCAUCUUUGGAGCCUACCCUUGCUCCAGUGGCUGUUGAACGAACAAUGACAACUAGGGCUGCAGCUUCGAAUGCAUUACGACAACAAAGGUUUGUACGGGAAGUUACAGUACAAUUCAACCUGUGCGGUGAGCCUUGGCUUAAAUACAGUGUAAGUGUGGUUGCUGACAAGGGGCUUAAGAGACCCUUGUAUACAUCAUCCCGCUUGAAAAAGGGAGAAGUUCUCUUUUUAGAAACCCAUUCCUGCAGGUAUGAGCUUUGCUUCGCUGGGGAGAAAAUGGUCAAGGCAACGCCUGCAUCUCUGGCUAAUGAAGCAGAAAGUGAUAGAUCUCAACAUCACAACUCACAUUCUACAAAUGGUGAGAGAGGUUGUUCGGUUGACACUGAGAAUGUUGUAGAUGCCUUCAGAUGGUCUCGCUGUAAGAAAAUCCUGCCUCAGUCUAAGAUGAUAUCAGUUGGGAUUCCCCUGCCUCCAGAACAUGUAGAGGUUUUGGCUGACAAUCUUGAUUGGGAGGACAUCAACUGGACACCUGUUGGUGUUCAUAUCACCGGAAAAGAGUACUCUCUUGCUCGGGCACAUUUUAUGUCUCCUAAUUAGCUGGGGGGUGUGUUUAAUUUUAUGAACUUUUUUCAGUGGCCUAUAGGUGCUGGAAUAGAUCUCUGAAUUUCGCUCGAACUGGUAUAGAUGUCGACGUUAAGCGAAUGUUGCAUAGUAAAGCGAAUGUUGCAUAGUAACUCUUACAUUUAAAUAGUAGACUGCGGAAUUGUACUUCGUUUGGCCAUUUAUUUAUGCUUCCCAAGCCCUUGUAAUUGUGCUCUUUGGGCGAGAUAUCUUAACAAUCCUACCAAACGCAUCACCGUACAAGUGAAGAAUACAUUGUUUUACUAGAAGAAACUAAAUCAUGUGAGUUUAAAAUAAAACACUUUGUUUCUAAUUUUAUAAACAGAUUUUUACGGGAUGAGAAUUGUGCAAAAUUUGAUUCUGAAGGGAGAUCAUCAGUCGUUAAAUAACGUUCUUUGUGGUAUCUGAAUUUUGAAUCCUCUUUCGUUACAGCUGAUAAAACGCUCCCAUCAAAUAUGUAUACAGUUUCGUGCAUAAUGUUUAAGCUUUACAUAGAAGCAAAACCAGAAACUGCAAAUCAGCAAUAAUCUCAGCAACCCAAGAAACACUUUUAACUGAGAUAAGCUUCACAUGAGUUGAAAUUCAGACCCGAGAUGGAGAGCUCCAAAAUCUAUUUUUACCGCCCAUGUUGACCCUAUGUUAGCCCCUGUACAUUCCUGGUUGUCUACGUUGGCCAUUACUUUUUUUUUUUUUUCUAUUGACUGCCUUCUAACAAAGACCUGAAUCCAAGUCUGGCGUCAACUGCAUCACCAAUGUUAGCCCCUGUAAAUUCCUGGUUGUCUAUGUUUGCCAUUCCUUGUUUUUUUAAUGACUGCAUUCUAACAAAGACCUGAAUUCCAAGUCUGGCCAACUGCAUCUCCGUUUCCCUAGCUAGCCCUAAGAGAGUCAAAAACUACUGAAAAAAGAUGAUUACCAUUCAUACCAAUCAUUGAUAAAAUCAUUCCACAUUGCUUCUGUAAUUGAGUCUCUCAGAGAGGCUGCCAUUUCAUCCUGCAAUUCGUAAGCAAUCUGAGAAUCAGGUUGAUUGUCGUCAGGCAGCUCCAUGCAGCUGCUACUACUAACAGUCUCAAAGAGCCAGUCAUUCCUUUCCUCAUGUCGGAUGAAAUUGUGCAAAACACAGGCCGCAAUAACAAUAUCCCUUUGCGUUUGGAAAGCAUACUGGGAAGCAAGUUUUAGGAUGGGAAACCUCUCCUUUAGCACAUUAAACGUCUUCUGGAUGAUUAUCCUAAGUGAUGCAUGGCGAUGAUUAAACAAUUCUUUUGCAUUUCUAGGGAAUUGAUUAGCACCUUUAUAUUCCUGAAUAUGAUAACGAAUUCCUUCAAAUGGUGCAAUAAACCCCUCCAUAUUCACAUAGCCGGUAUCAACAAGAUAGUAUUUACCU